CUUUCGUACGGAAUCCCCAUGUAGUAGAAGGUGGCCACACCGUGACUUGGUGGCCUUUUCCGAUCCCUUCUCGACCGGCUUGAUAUUUCUUGUUGCCAGUUUACGUUCACCGAUGCCUCGUACAGUUACAACAUCACAUAAGAAACGGCACGGUUGAGAAAGCACAGAACCGCCGUCUUAAGUUCGGUUCACUGUACUUUGCAAAACCAAUUAUUCAUCGCGCUGUUUUCGAUAUGACGUAAUUCUGGCAAGUGAUCCGUUUUGUGUGCAUUGACAGUUCUGUGUUUUUCCAGGGUGUUUGUGUGUGCGAGAUUCGACCCGUUGUGCAUGUCAUCUGUCUGUUGUGCCACUGUUGCAGCAGCCGUAAAGUUCAUCUAGGUUCACCGCCAGAGGAGCUAACUUCUUAGACAGAUUGAUGUAACGAUAUGACUCAUUGCUGAAGGAUAUCACUCCGUUCAAGGUCUUUUUCGUGGGCAUAUGUAGGAAGCACCAAAAACUAAUCAUGGAACUUCAGAGGUGGACAAUAGUUUUCUUGCUGCUGGUUAUCUCCAAAGGUUGUCAUGGAAAUCUCCCACCAGUUUUCACGAUGGAUAUGAACAACCUAGCCAUAUCCGAAGCAACACCUGUAGGUUCCGUUAUUUACACAUUAGAGGGAUCGGAUCCAGAAAAUAGGACGGUUCUCUUCAGAUUAGAAGGAACAGAUGUACUCAAGGUGAAUCCUAAAACCGGGGACGUGACCGUGGCCAAGCCGCUUGAUUAUGAAGCUAACAGCACACUCAACAUUAUUGUUGGCAUGGAGGACGAGGCCAACACAGAAACGGAAGAAAAAGCCAAUAUCAUUUCUGUGCCCGUAACAGUUAUUAUCCUUGAUGAAAACGACAACGCUCCAGAGUUUCAGAAUAGUUCAUACGAAAUAACAGUGAGUGAGGGUACACUCCAAGGAACAAAAAUAUUCCAAGAUAUCCUGGUUACCGACAAGGAUAGUCCCGGAAACAACAUCCUCGUUACCUGUAUAAAUCUACCGAAAUUCCCAGAUGCCUGCAAGUUUUUCGAAAUACAAACAAUAGAUAAGGGGAAGAAUUAUAUUCGUAGUGCCAUAAUACUCAACGAAAAACUCAACUAUUCCGAGAAGCCAUUAAUUAAGUUGGUACUGAAAGCAACGGAUGGAAAGCUCAGCAGCACAGCCCAAGUAAUAAUUAAAGUUUCGGAUAUUCAAGAUACCCCUCCCCAUUUCAAGGGCUCCUUGAUGGCUGAAGUAUCAGAGAACACACCCAUAAACACUCUAGUUAUGACGCUAUCAGCAGAGGAUGGUGAUAAGGGAGUACCAAGGAAGGUCGUUUACGAGAUGGUCAGCAAUCCCAUGAACUAUUUUCUUCUUGAUGCUGUGACUGGUGAAUUGAGGACAGCCAGGCCUUUAGAUAAAGAAGCCAUAGAAAACAAAGAGGGAAAAAUUAUAUUGACAAUAAAGGCAUGUGAACUGAUAGAUGGUAAGAAAGGAAAUGACGACCUUACAACAGCCACUACCCAAGCUACAGUAAAAAUUAUUGAUGUAAACGACGAAACUCCUUCAUUCGAUAGAAGAGAAUAUUUCGUAGAGAUUCCAGAAGACAUCAAAGAAGGCGAAGCUAUACCUGGCUUGGAUAUGACCGUUACAGAUUCUGAUGAUGAAAACAAUUCAGUGUAUUCGUUGGAAUUGCAAGACGAAUCAGGUCUCUUCAACAUACAGCCCAAACAAGGUGUUGGAAGGACAAAAGUGCAAAUCAGAAUCGCAAAUGCUUCGAUAGAUUAUGAAAACCCAAAUCAACGCAAGUUCCUUAUAUACGCUGUAGCAAGAGAGAUACUGACAGAUGAAAAACUCUCUUCUACUGCUACUAUAACAAUAACUGUUACGGAUGUUAAUGAUCACUCCCCCACUUUUGAAGAACAGAGUUACAAUUCAACGAUUUCUGAAACAGCUUCACCAGGUACAUUGGUGACCACGAUAACAGCAAACGAUGAGGAUGGUGGACACUUCGGAAGUGAUAGCAUAUUGUAUAACUUAGAAGGUCCGGGCUCAGAAAAAUUCUCGAUCAACAAUCGUACAGGGACAGUAACUGUAGCAGAAUGUAUAACGCCAGGAUCAGGAAUAUGUCUAGAUUUUGAGACAAAAUCAGAGUACACUCUCGAAUUCAUAGCCACAGACGACAACGGCAAAGGACGUAGAACUUCGGUUCCGUUAAGGAUCAACCUCACCGAUAGUAACGAUAACGCACCAGUAUUCAUCCUUCCAUCAUACAGGGUGUUCGUUGAUGAGGGAUCUACCACAUUCGAUCCCGAGUUUGCAGUGGUGGCGAAAGAUGCGGACGUGUCUUCCAUUAUAACAUAUUCGAUCAUUUCUGGAAACAGGAACGACAUAUUCAGCAUCGAUUCCAAAACUGGAAAGAUGGGAAUUCUGAAUGAGAAAGGUUUGGAGGUUCCCAACGAAAGCGAUAGUGUAGUGACUCUAACAGUAAUGGCUAGUGAUGGAAAAUACACAACAACAGUUCCAGUUCUGGUUACAGUCAGAGAUCUCAACAAUAACGCUCCCAUUUUCACUAAGGAAAAUUAUGUAGAAUCAAUACCAGAAGACAUUCCGAUAGGAUCAAUCGUGACAUCUCUGCAAGCCACCGAUGCUGACAUGGGCGAAAACUCUAUGGUCGAAUAUUCGAUUCGAAAUGGAAGCGAAUCAGAUUUCACAAUCGACAAUUCCACAGGAUUGGUCAUAGUGGCAUCCAAAUUGGAUUACGACAGAAAAAAUAUUUAUCACAUUGAUGUUAUUGCGACUGAUUAUGGUGAACCUAGACUAUCUGGUUCUACUACCUUGACCAUUAAUAUCAUCAAUACCAACGAUAAAAAUCCAUAUUUCUUCCCGGCUACCCAAAGAGCAGAGAUCAUGGAAGAUGCUGCUAUCGGAACUGUCGUGCAUAACCUAACAGCCAAAGAUCCCGAUGUGAAUUCAACAGACGCAUUCCUUUUUGAAUCUAUCGAACCAAUAACAGCUUUGGAUAAAAACGGGAAUCAAGUCCUUUUCAACGACGAUUACAGGGACUUUUUCUAUGUGGAUAAGUACACUGGGCAAGUCAAGGUCAAAAAUGUGCUCCAAAGAAACGUUUCUACUACUGUAAGACUGACCGUGAGGGUGACUGAUAUCACUGCUCCAACUCUUCAACAAGGCGAAGGACUUCUCAUUAUUACCAUUGGUGACGUCAACGAUUCUCCACCGUCUUUUCUACCGCCCUGGACUGUAGAAAACCCUGUGUAUUAUUUGGAAUUAGAUGAGGAACAACCACCAGGAACGAUAGUCGCAAAAUACAAAGCUAUAGAUGAGGAUUCAGACAUAUCAAGCUAUGAGAUAAUACCCCCUAACGAGUAUUUCAGCAUAAACAGUUCAAACGGCGUUGUCAGCAUCGACAAAGUCAUAGAUUACGAAAAGAUCCAAUUCAUGAAAUUCACCGUUUACGCAUACGAUACAGGAAUACCCCAGCUGAACGCUUCUGCGAUGAUCCUCGUGCAGAUCAGAAACAUAAACGAUAACAGUCCGCAAUUUCAGUACAACCAGUAUAACGUCACGGUCGAAGAGAACUGUCCGAAUGGCACCAAUAUUCUAACGGUGCAAGCCAUAGACUUGGAUAAAGGAGAAUUCGGUGAAGUGACCUACGAGUUGGUUGGAGAACACAGCAAAUACUUCGAGAUCAGCCCGAAAGAGGGAGUUAUCUCGGUUAUUGAUUCGCGGUUCUUGGACCACGAAACGAUCAACAACACGGUGAUUGAAGUGGUUGCAAGCGAUGGUGCGCAAGGUCCGCAGAAGAGAUCGGUAGCAGUUCCUGUGAAUAUCAAUAUAAAGGAUGUGAAUGAUAACAGUCCGGUCUUCAAUCAAUCUGAGUACAAGGUGAAGAUCAUGGAAAAUGUUCGUUUGAAUCCACCUAAGCCUCUAAUUCAGGUCAAUGCUACUGAUCUAGAUUCUGGAUUCAAUGGAAACAUUCACUAUUCUAUAGUUGAUGGGAAUGAAGAUGAUAUAUUUCUAUUGGGCAUCGAAACUGGAAUAUUGUACCCUCACAAAUCCUUGGUUGGUCAAAAAAGACAGUACCGUCUGGUGGUAGAAGCAAGAGAUGAAGCUGGUAAUGGCAAAUUUUCCGAUAGGGCCGUUAUACAUAUCCAAGUUCUGAAUGUAAACGAUCACAAACCAGUUUUCAUCAUGCCUGCUCUUUACAAUUCGACUGUUGAAGUAACCGAGAAUAAUGCGAUUGAAAAUUAUUUAGUGAUGACAGUAAAGGCAGUAGACGAUGAUGAAGGUGAAAAUGGAAGAAUCACCUAUCAUCUGAGAACUAAUGUUGGAAACGUUCAAGAGACUGAAGAGUUCAUUAUCGAUUCUGAUACUGGAGAACUGAGGACAAAGAAAGCACUGGAUAGUGAGAAAAAAUCUCGAUAUGAGCUUACCCUAGUGGCAAUAGAUCAUGGCAGCCCAAUUUGGUUCGAGACCAAAAGAUACCUGAGCAUAGUCUUGGUGGACAUGAACGACAAUAAACCAGAAUUCCCGGAUUCCCAAAUGUCCAACCCAUACCACUUCUACAUAACCGAAAACAACGAAAUACACACCAAGGUUGGGCAAGUGCAGGCACUGGACAAAGACGAAGGAAAGCACGCUAAAGUGUUCUACUACAUGAUAAUCCAGUCGAAUCCGGAAGCAUUCUAUAUAGACAAAACGGACGGAAACAUUUUUGCCAAUAUGUCGUUCGAUCGAGAAGUUAAGGACGAAUACCAAAUGUUCAUCUUGGCCAGUAAUGACCCAGAAUUUUUCCUGAGUUACGAAGAUAGGCAGUUGCUGACUGCGGAUGAGCUGAUGCACGACAGCAGCAUCGCUAAAGUUAUAAUAACUGUAAACGACCUGAACGACAAUCCGCCUAUAUUCCAGCAAACCUCGUAUUACGCUGCUGUGAACGCAAUGGCGGAUAUAAACCAGCUUGUUGUGAAAACGACUGCUGUCGACUUCGACUUUGGCCCUAAUAAGUCGUUGACUUAUUACGUGAAAGCUUCCAAUCUGUACAAAUAUGGAUCGAACAAGAGCACUGGAUCCAUUAUACCUUCCCCCUUCAACAUAUCUCAGAGUGGUGAGAUAUGUACAGCCACAUACAUGGCUGAAAAUGAUCAGCACAGAUUCAUUGUGGACAUCAUAGCUAGGGAAAAUGCUUUCCCGGAGAGAGAAGCUUAUGCUCAAGUACAUGUUUGGAUCUUCGAACCACAACAGCUAAUCAGAAUAAUUUUAUCCCGACCAACCGACGAAGUGGCCCGUGAAAAACAAGAAAUCAUUGCAGAGCUGAGUAAUUCGACUCAAAGUCUAGUGAUUAUCGAUGAAAUCAGAUAUCACACUGACGACAACGGAAAUAAAGAUGAAAAAUGGUCCGAUAUGUACGUGUUGGUGAUAGAUCCUUCAACUAGAAUAAUUCGACCGGUCACGGAAGUACUGAAGUUGAUUGAUUCCAAGUAUGAUUUCCUGAAGGACUAUUAUUCAGGCUACGCCAUAGUGAACGUUGUCCCUGCAUUCCUAACAGAGUAUGAAGACCCUUUCAACACAAACCUUGGGAGAGUUGCCAUAUACAUAAUGAUUGUUGUUGGAUUCCUUACACCCUUCAUCCUCUUGUGCUGCUGUAGAAAAUAUCUUAAUUCAACGGAUUUGAAGAAAAAGGACACUCUGAUAAAAAAAGCCAUCAUAGAUGACUUGAAUACAACGGAUAAUCCACUAUGGAUUGAACAGAAAUUGAAAAUUUAUGAAGAGCAGGAGCUCACAAUGCAAGUUUUCAAUGAACCAGAACAAAACGCGAGAAGAGAGAGUGAGGAUUAUAUUCCAGAUGAAAACACUUAUGCAACGAUCCAACAUUCCAAUAGGAAAGGUUCCUUACAUCAUAUACCAACGAUGUCAUAUAAUGACGAAUUAGCAGAUUAUGCUACCUUACCAGGAAAUGGGCAUCACCACAAUAGUGGAAGCUCGCAUAGCUCUCUUAGAGGAGUACCAAAUUACUACGAAGCUGAAAUGGGUUUCCAAGGGUCAACAUUCCAAGUACCAGAAAGAUAUUUGAAUAAUUCUAAUUAUGACUCGUAUAGAUCUAAAAUGGAGGCUCCUGAGAUGACGAUAAAUAAUAAUGUAGAACAACCUGAGUACAUAGCUGAAUUGAUAUAAAUAAGCAAAUUUUAUUCUGAUGCAAAGCGACAAUACAAUUUUCAAUGAGUUGUGAAUAGGUUUUACAAUAUAAACAGGCAAAUAUAAAGUGAAAAGUGAUUUUUUCAUAUUAUUUGGAACAAUAGAAAUAGAUCUCUUAAGUGCCUUGAGAUAACAAAAUGAAUUCUUAGCACUCCUUUUCAAUUUCUUGAAUUGUAAAUUGUUCUUUUUGGUUUAGGUAUGUUUGAUAUUUUUUUUUUUUUGAGGGAUGAAACAAUCAUUGAAAUUUUCAUUUAUAUUUGUCUGGUGAGUUUUGAUUAUUCUCCAAAACAGAAAUAUUUGAAACUCUGAAAUUUUUAAUGUGACAAAUUCCAUUGAGAUCAAAUCAUAUGAUUUUCACAUAUUCGAAUGCCAUAUCAUAGUUAUUUAAAAUGGAAUAGAAAAUCAAUUUUAAUUCUAUCAAGGGUUAUUUAUAGAAUCGAAUAUUGUAUACAUUUGUAAAUAAAGAGAAACUUAACUGAA